AUGGCAACCAACCCAGAUCAACAAAUUUUAUUAGGUUUUAUUCAGUUGAUUGCAAUUGUUUCAACAUUGGGUGUGUUUUUUAUGCCUUUAAAAACAAUUUUAAAUAUUAAAGAAAAAAGAACAGUUGGUUCAGUAGCAGGAAUACAGUUUUUAUCAACAGCAUUAAAUUGUUUUUUAUGGAUAGCGUAUGGAAUAUUAACUGGUAAUGGGACAAUGCUAUUUACAAAUUCUGUAGGAUUAUUACUUGCAUUUUAUUAUGUAUACAACUAUUGGCUGUAUAGUUCAUCUAGAGAUUAUUUAUACAAGAUUAUGGUAGCAUCUAUUUUAGCAAUUUCAAUUAUUUUUAUAAGUUUUGUAGGUACCAAUAAUAAUUUUGACCAAAGAGUAGAAAGAUUAGGUUUUCAAGCAAGUGUUGUUUGCAUAUUAAUGUUUGCCGCUCCUCUUGAAAGACUGUUUCAAAUUAUAAAGAUAAAAAAUAGCGAAGGUAUGCUCAAAGGUGUUGCUGUUCUAUCGAUGAUGUGUUCUUUAUCUUGGUUAGUUUUUGGAUUAUUAAUCAUUGAUAAAUAUAUCUAUAUCCCAAAUUUCCUAGCUUCAUUAAUAUCAAUAACACAACUAUUAGUUAUUUUAAAAUAUCCACCUUCACCGCAACUAUUAUAG